GUCCACCAGACGCCAUGUGCGUGUGCGUGUGUGUGUGUAUGCGUGUGUGUGGAUCGUACGAGCGUGGCGUGGAUUUAUCAGGUGUUGACUGUUUGCCUUACGCGCCAUGCCGGUCGCUUCUCGGUUCAGUUGCUGCCGGGGCCUUGAUACUUGCGGCCGCUUUGUGUGUUGACAAAAUUAAACACAGCAGCAGCACCCGCAACAGUAGCAGCGCGUGAGACAAUGUCGACGGAACCGGCACCGUCGUCAGCAGCAUCCGGACCAUCAGCUGAUCUUGACAAUCUGCUCGAGCACGUUUCCCGGUUUGGACCGUUUCAGUUUUGGCAGUGUGCGCUCCUGCUGUUGCCCGUCAUCUUUAACGCGUUCUCCAAUCUGUGCUACGUCUUUACGGCCGGUGAUCUCAACUAUCGAUGCCAUAUCGGUGGGUGUGAAAAUGGAACCCAAAGUGAACCAUACAUUCCACCCUGGCUACAUAAUGCAGUCCCGUUCCGGGAGUCGACGAAUCAACCGGCCAAAUGUGAACGAUACCAUCCGCUACGAUCGCGUGAUGCGCCUUUCGGAGGGGCGUGUGAUGCGGCCGACUUCAACAGCAGCAUCAUCGACCGGUGCACGGAUCUCGUGUACGAAGAUCCCGCCGAAAGGACGAUUGUGAAUGACUUCGAUCUACUGUGCGACGAGAACCGUUGGAAGGUCACACUCGUCGGGACGAUACACAACGUUGGCCAGGUGCUAGCGCUGGCCCUGUCCGGGAUGAUUUCCGAUCGUUUCGGUCGGCGGAUUACGCUGCUGCUGUGCGUUGGCAUCGGUUCAACGCUUGGCGUACUGCGAUCGCUCACCGUCGGUUACGGUAGCUUCAUGGUGUUCGAGUUCCUUGAACCGGUGUUCGGUUCCACCGUCUACACGACCGCGUUCGUCCUUUGCCAGGAGCUGGUCGAACCGGAACGGCGCGUCAUCGUGAAGAGCGUCGUGCUGGUAGCCUAUUCGUUGGCCGAAGCCGCCAUCGGCCUGCUGGCGAUGGAACUCCGGAACUGGCGCACCCUCACGAGGGCCCUCUUCCUGCCGGGCGUCCUCUCCAUUCCGCUACUCUGGACGACGGUCGAAAGUAUGCGAUGGUUGCUGACCAAGGGCCACCAUCGGGAGGUGAUUCGCAUCCUCCGCCAGAUAGCGAAGGCCAAUGGGCGCCCGCCACUGUCCGAGGAACUGCUGGCCAAAUUCACCGCCCAGCAGCAGGCCAAAGCCGGUCCACAGGACCAUCCGGACCGGAUAAAAGAGAAAUCGUUCGUUCAGCUGCUCGCUGAAACGUGUCGGCACCGGCGGCUGAUGUUGCGGAUCGUCAAUUGUUCCUUCUGUUGGUUCACCAACGCGAUGGUGUACUACGGGCUGACGCUUAACUCGGUCACCCUGGCCGGCGAUAAGUACGGCAAUUUCAUCCUCAUCACCCUGGCCGCCAUCCCACCGUCGGUCGCCAUCAACUGCAUCUUGAACCGGUAUGGCCGCCGGAAAACGCAGUGCGGUUCACUGCUUCUCUGUGGCCUCUUCUGUCUCCUGACACUGACAGCACUCAAAGAUAUCGGCGCCUGGGCGAACGUCACGCUCUUUCUACUCAGCAAAAUGGCCAUUUCCCUGUCCUUCUCCACGCUCUACAUCUACACGGCCGAAAUCUUCCCCACCAGCCUGCGCCAGAGCUUCAUCUCGUUCUGCUCCAUGGUGGGCCGCUUCGGUUCGAUGCUGGCCCCCCAGAUGCCACUGCUGCAGGCACUUUGGGCCCCGUUGCCGAUGGUACUGUUCGGAUCGGUAGCAUUGCUAUCCGGUUUGCUGAUUUUGGAGUUUCCCGAAACCACGGGCACUACGUUGCCCGAUACGCUAGAGGAAGCGGCCGCGCUUAAUAAUGCCGGAACCGCGCGAAAGUCACACCCAGGAGCGAUGGAGGAAGCUAAGCUUACCACGUCCGCAUAGGAGGAGAGACUGUCCGUAUUGCGCUGCGUCCACUCAGAACUCACCUGAAAUUUGAGGAAAAAAUAAAUAAUUUAAU